AUGACCCAAGUAUUAAUCCCUGGAAUGGGCCAGCGGGGAGACCCCGACUCAGCUUCCAGAACCGCAGGACAACCCAGUCACGUCCCCAAUGCCAAUUUGGUAAGGAUACCACCUGAUGGCAUCCUUGGAAAAGACAAAACCUACUUCUCUAGCUUCCGCACCGCAGUAGAUAGUAACCAGAACAACUGGGGUCAUACUACUGGGGAGCAUCUAACACAUGACCACUACGUCUGCAACCGGCGUACCGCCAAGCGGCCCCGGCCACCAGCCCAUGUAGUCAUUGCCUGA